AUCUGUGACCCCCUUCAUUACAUUGCCCGAAUGAGCAGGAAACACUGUGCUGGGCUUAUAACUGCAGCAUUCACUGUUGGUUUUGUUGACCCUGUCGGCCAUUUUUUUCUUAUAUCUAAACUAUCAUAUUGUGCUUCCCGUCUUAUAAAACAUUUUUUCUGUGAUGUCACACCAUUGCUAAAACUUUCCUGCAGCAGCACUUUUAGUGUGGAACUUUUAAAUUACAUUGAAGGGACAUUGCUGACUUUAAAUGCCUUCCUCCUUACUCUGGCCUCAUACAUAUUUAUCAUCUCUGCUAUCCUGAAAAUACAAUCCUCAGAGGGGAGACAAAAAGCCUUUUCUACCUGUGCUUCUCACCUGGCCUGUGUGAUAACCCUUUAUGGGGCAAUUUUUUGCUUGUACAUAAAACCCACCUCAAGUUAUUCCCUAAAAAGAGACAAGUAUUUCUCACUGCUGUACAUUGCCCUGGGCCCUAAACUGGAUGACUAA